CCCUGCGGUGUCCAUGGCACGUUCACGUCCUCCCCCGCACCCACGCUGCAUAAAGACCCCCCGCCUCAUCCCUCUCAUUCCUCUUUUUUUUCUUCUCCUUCCUCUGCUUCCCUUCAACCGCUCCUCUUUUUUCUUCCCUUCUCCUGACCCUCCCCAGCAGUCGAACAAGAAAAGAGUCAGCAUCUUCCUCCCCUUCCUCUUCCCUCGCCUUCCCUGCUUAACCCUCUGCUCUCUCUUUAUCUACCCAAUGCCUCGAGACUCGUCCUCGCGCGAGCCCCUGCUCGGUCACCACAAUGGUUCCAGUCAGAGCAACCGUGACGAUUUGCAGUUCGCCUACACGCCCGAUGACCUUGCCCCUCUGACGGACCCCACGAACCCCAAGCUCCCCCGCGACAUGGGUGGCAUCGACAAGAUCUGUCAGGGGCUUCGCGUCAACCCUAAGGUCGGUCUGAACUCGGACGAGGCUGGCCCACAGUCGCUCGGCGAGUCAGAUCAGCCCAAGUUCGCUGCCCGAUCCAAGGCUUUUGGACACAACAUUCUGCCAACCGUCAAGAGUGCCUCCUUCUUCGAGUUGGUCGCGAAGGCCUACAAUGACCGCACUCUGAUCUUGCUGUCCAUCGCCGCCAUCGUCUCCCUCGGCGUCAGUAUCUACGAGGACUAUGGCCCGCACCACGACCCUGACGAGCCCCGUGUCGGCUGGAUCGAGGGUGUCGCCAUCUUGGCUGCCGUUGCCGCCGUCGUCUUCACCAAUGCCAUCAAUGAUUACCAGAAGGAACGCCAGUUCCGCAAGCUGAACGCCAAGAAGGACGAUCGCUCUGUCAAGCUGCUUCGUGACGGUCGCGAGCAAGAGGUCAAUAUCAAGGAGGUCCAGGUCGGAGACGUCUUGUUGAUGGAACCUGGUGAUCUCCUCGCUGUCGAUGGAAUCAUCCUCAAGAGCCAUAACAUCACCUGCGACGAGUCCUCGGCCACGGGAGAGUCCGAUGCGCUGAAGAAGGAUGCUGAGGAGAAAUGCUAUGUCAUCUCGGGAUCCAAGGUCCUCGAUGGCUCUGGUGCUAUGCUCGUUACUGCUGUCGGACCCAACUCGUUUUUCGGAAAGACCAUGAUGGCCAUGCGCGAGGCCACCCCCGAGGAGACUCCCCUGCAGCAGAAGCUCGAUCUCUUGGCAGAGUCGAUUGCCAAGCUCGGUAUGGCCGCUGCCAUUGCCAUGUUGAUCACCUUGGUUGUCAAGUACUUUGUCCAGCACGCCAUGUCGAACGGACCUAUGCCCUCGGGUGGAGAGAUCUUCUCUGACAUGGUCCGCAUUGUCAUCCAGGCCAUCACCAUUGUCGUCGUUGCUGUUCCCGAGGGUCUGCCCAUGGCUGUUACCCUGGCCCUUGCCUAUGCCACCACUCAGAUGCUGAAGGACAAUAACCUGGUUCGCGUUCUCUCUGCCUGCGAGACCAUGGGUAAUGCCACUACUGUUUGCUCUGACAAGACCGGAACCCUGACACAGAACAGGAUGACAGUUGUUGAGGGAACCCUCUCGCUCCUGUCUUUCACCAACAUGGACGAUGCCAAGAACUGGAAGUCGGAGGCCAAGCCCGAAGUUGUCCAGAACAUCAUCGAUGGCAUUGCUCUUAACUCGUCUGCUUUUGAGGACAAAGAUGAAAAGGGCAAUCUGGCCUUUGUUGGAUCCAAGACCGAGUCUGCGCUUCUGGGCUUCAUCAAGUUCUUGGGUGCCUCGUACAGUAACAUUCGCUCCGAUGUCAAGGUUGUCAAGGUGUAUCCUUUCAGCUCUGCCAAGAAGUCCAUGUCCUGCGUUAUCGAGACCCGCGAUGGCUCGGAGAAGUACCGUCUUUACGUCAAGGGAGCUUCGGAGAUUGUUAUCAGAUCCUGCACCCACUACGUCGACUCCAACGGCGAGGUCAAGUCCCUCGAUGACAACGCGCGCGCCAAGUUUGAUCAAAUCAUCAGCGGAUAUGCUGACAAGGCCCUUCGUACCAUUGCUCUUUCCUACCGUGAUGUCUCCUCGAGCGAAUUCAAGAAGUUCAACGAUGAGGACGCCCCUAACACCAAGCUGGUCUGCCUUGGUGUCGUCGGUAUCCAGGAUCCUCUUCGCCCCGGUGUUGUCGAAAGUGUUCGUGAUUUUGCUAAGGCUGGUGUUACCGUCCGCAUGAUCACUGGAGACAAUAUCCAGACUGCCCGCGCUAUUGCCAAGAACGCUGGAAUCUUGAUCAAGGGAGGAUUGGCCAUGACCGGACCCGAGUUCAGAGUUCUUUCUAAGGAGGACCAGACCGAGGCUGUUAAACGUCUCCAGGUCUUGGCUCGCAGCAGCCCUACUGAUAAGACCAUUGUUGUCCGUCGCCUCCAGGAACUCGGUGAGGUCGUUGCUGUCACUGGUGAUGGAACCAACGAUGGUCCCGCUCUCAAGAUGGCUGAUGUCGGAUUCUCGAUGGGUAUUACUGGAACGGAGGUCGCCAAGGAGGCUUCGGCCAUUGUGUUGAUGGACGACAACUUCAGCAGCAUUCUCAAGGCUCUCAUGUGGGGCCGUGCCGUCAACGACUCUGUCCGCAAGUUCUUGCAGUUCCAGCUCACUGUCAACAUCACCGCCGUCAUUCUUUCGUUCAUCUCUGCCGUUGCCUCCGAUGACAAUCAGUCCGUUCUCUCUGCUGUCCAGUUGCUCUGGGUUAACUUGAUCAUGGAUACCCUUGCUGCUCUUGCCCUUGCGACCGAACCACCAAGCCAGGAUGUCUUGAAGCGCCAGCCCACCUCCAAGACCGCACCUCUGAUCAACUUUAACAUGUGGAAGAUGAUUCUCGGACAGGCUAUCUUCCAGAUCGGCAUCAACCUGGCUCUUCUCCGCUUCGGCGCUCAGCUGUUCCAUCUUCAGGAAUCCGAUGGCACCGUCACACCUGUGCAGUUGAGGACCCUCCGCACCAUGAUUUUCAACGCUUUCGUGUUCCUCCAAGUCUUCAACGAGCUCAACUGCCGCCGCAUCGACGAUUCGAUCAACAUUUUCAAGAACUUGCACCACGACAAGAUCUUUAUCCUCGUUCAGUUCAUUGUCGUCGGUGGUCAGUUCGUCAUUGUCCAGUUCGGUGGCCAGGCCUUCAAGACUGUUGCCUUGACUCCUAAUCAAUGGUUGAUUACGGUCUUGGUUGGAUCUCUUUCGCUCCCCGUGGGUCUCAUCUUGCGCCUCUUGCCCUCGUAUAUCAUCCCUGAGUCCGUGAUCUCGCACGAGAGCGAAGAGCGCCAGCCCCUGGUCAGCCCCAGCAAGAUGAGAUGGGAGGGUGCCUCAAGCCAUGUGGCUAGCCAGAGCAACUUCUUUGACGCCAUCCGCAAGAACAAGCAUCAACACAGCCAUGGCGGCAACGGCGAGCACGCGGCGGCUUCGUUGUGGAAGAAGUACGGUUCGACCGGUCGCAGCGAUAACAACUAAGGGCGACAGCACUUAGAUUGCCGAAUAGAGUGAAACUGGCGUGCUUGUCCCAUCCUGCUGCGCUCAAUGCACUUAUACCAUCACACACACAUACACAUACACACACACCCUCACACUCACUCACACACGCUCAUACAACAUAUGCACCCACACAGCAAGCUGGCAUUGGUAUAUUUUUAUAUCUCCUUGUACAUAGGAACAGAAAAGAAAAAGGAAAAGAAAAGAGAGUGAGAUGAAAUAAACGACGAAAGAUGUCAUUUUUUGAUGAACAAUAGCAAUUGACGGCGAAGCUGUAGUAUCAUGAACGUUUUGGAACACUUUAUCUUAUCUUUACUCAUCAUC